ACAUCGAUGUUAGGACAUACAACAGAUGUUUCAUAAGCUUUGGUCUCCCUGAUGUUAGUUUUGGUCAGCAUCAGUUGUAACCUAUAGCUAAAAUGGAUAACUAUAAAAAAGGCAAAAAUGUUGAAGAACCUUUGGAAAAGAAUAGGAUAGGCAUUCAAAAUUUGCCAGACAAUUUUCUGUGGAUGCAUGUUCGAGGUGGCAGUAAAAUAAGAAAUUUAUUAACUCAUGCCUUGGGUGAACUGCCAAAUGCAAAGCAUGUGGUAUGGACAGGCUUCGGACAAUCUGUUGGUAAAGCCAUCACAUGUGCGGAGAUCAUGAAACGGGAAUGUGGCAAUUCAUUGUACCAGGUCAAUUCAAUUUCAUACCGUUUAGUUGAAGAAUAUUGGGACCCUGUGACACCUGAAUUGGAUCAGCUGGUUGUUAAGCGAAAGCUCCCAAUGAUACAUAUUUUGUUAUCGACAGAAACAUUAGACUGCAAGGCUGUUGGAUAUCAAGCACCAAAUAGUAAAAUAUCAUAUGAACCAUCAAAAGAAAACAGUAAAAAGCAAGGCAACUACAAACAGAAAAAAAGGAAACAUACCAAUAAUGCACCAAAGUAGAUUUUAUAAUAGUGAUUAUUAUAAUUUAAAUGUAUAUGGUUUGACUUUCUUAUUCCUUUUAAAUCA